AUGGAGAACGUACUGGACGACAUCUCCCACCGGAGAUACAAUCCCCUUCGCGGGUCUCACAUUCUGGUUUCCCCCCACCGAACCAAGCGUCCCUGGCAAGGACACCAGGAGAGUCCCUCCAAGACCACUCUGCCCAAUUAUGACCCCGCAUGCUAUUUGUGCCCUGGAAACCAACGCGCCCAGGGUGACGUCAACCCCAAAUACGACAACACCUUCGUGUUUGUGAAUGAUUACAGCGCCGUCAAGGAGGAGCAGGCUGCCUACGAUGGCAAGUCCAGUGAUGAACUCGAAUCGCGCUUCCUCAAGGCUGAGCCCGUCACGGGUAAAUGCUACGUCCUCACCUUCUCCCCAUCCCACAACCUCACCUUGGCCGACCUGCCACCCGCUGAGAUCGUACCCGUGAUCAAUGCCUGGACCGAGAUCUAUGCCGCCCACCUGUCGCCCACCUCCCCUCUGGCAAAGAAUGCUCCAGCCGUUGCGCACGACACCCCCAUCACCAAGCCGAAGGAUCAGUACCGCUACAUGCAGAUCUUCGAGAACAAGGGUGCUGCGAUGGGCUGCUCGAACCCCCACCCCCACGGCCAGGUCUGGACUACCAGCACUCUGCCCGAAGAGCCCGCGGCGGAGAUGGAGCAGCUACGUAAAUACCGCGCUGAGCACGGCGGCAGUCACCUGCUCGAAGACUACGCUGCGCUGGAAAGCCGCAAGCAGGAGCGAGUCGUAUUUGAGAACGAGGCCUUCGUCGCCGUUUGCCCUUGGUGGGCGACCUGGCCCUUUGAGACUAUGAUCGUUAGCCGCACACACAAGCGCGCUCUGGUCGAUCUGUCCGAUGCCGACAAGACUCUCCUCGCCGAGGCUAUUGCUGAAAUCACCCGUCGUUAUGAUAACCUCUUCGAAACUCACUUCCCUUACAGCAUGGGUAUUCACCAGGCUCCGCUGGACGGUACGGCCGAAGAGAUCGAGGCUUCUUAUUUGCAUCUGCAUUUCUACCCGCCUCUGCUGCGCAGCGCGACGGUGCGCAAGUUCCUUGUUGGUUAUGAGCUCAUGGCUGAGCCUCAGCGUGAUAUCACUCCGGAGCAGGCCGCUGCCCGCCUACGCGGCUGCGGCGGAGAGCUGUACCGCAAGAAGAUGGAUUAA